AUGUCCACCGUGCUUCUGGCGAAUCUAAAGCCGCAUUGUUUUGGUCUAAGUCUUGCGUACAUUCCACAACUGGUGCUCCUGCUGGUGGCUUUCCCUGAGCGUUUCUCCCUAAUGUUUGGCCUCGCUGGAAUGGGCGGCUCGCUUGGUAUGAUGGUCUGUCCACCAAUUGUCGACCUUCUGACGAUGACGUAUGGGUGGCGUGGCGCCAUGCUAAUCAUGGCUGCCGCCAGUUUCAACGUCACCGCCUUUGGAGCCAUGCAGCGGCUGCCGUCGUCAGGCUAUGAGAAACUGAAAAAAGAAGACAUCGAAAGUUUAUCUGAUGACAGACCGAGAGACAUCCGUUCCAAGCUUAGUGCCUUCGCCUCUGCAUUGGUCCAAUGGCUCUCAAUGCAUCUCUGCAUUGAACAUCCCAAGGUGCUGCUUCAUUUAACCGCAUGGCCCCUUCUGGGGGCCAUUUUCGCGGCAUGGAUGGUGUUCCUGGUUCCACACGCCAUAGCGAGGGGUAUACCUAGCUUUGAGGCUGCCUUCCUGUCGACUUUUGUAGGGGGGAUUGGACAUCUCCUCGGUCGGGCUAUUCACCCAUUCAUCCUGGACCGCAAGCUCAUGAGUGCGUUCUGGAUGUUUGUGAUACUUAAUCUCGUUAACACUGUCUCCUUUUUCCUGGACUAUGCGGCUGCAGAUAACUGUUUGGCUCUGAUGUUGUUGGCCAGCAUAAAUGGGGCCGCAGAAGGAAUCGUCAAUUGGAUUAUUCCCUCGGUCUCAAAAGAACUCUACGAGGAAUCUGGCUAUGUCAUGGACAUUUGCAUCAUAGGUACCUGCUUAUUCGGCGCUGGGGAGAUCUUGGGCGGUUUUCUGGCGGGGGCGUUAUACGACAUGACACAGAGCUACAGUGCUUCGUUCUUCUCGCUUGGUUUCAUGGCUGCUGUAACGACGACAAUGUGCCUCAUUGAUCGGCUCGCGUCCAAGUGUUUCAAUGAAACUAACUGA